AUGCACACAAGCAUCAGUGAGAUCUUGAAGGAGAAGCCGCUGAAUCCGUCCCGUCGCAGUCUGCCCUGCCUGGCUCAGAACCAGAUACACCCACAGAGCCUCAGCCACGUUCCGUCCAUGCCCUGCACCCCCGACGACAAGCCCCAGACACCGCCGGAUCUCCAGGACCAGACACGUGCCCAGCUCCAGACCCAGCAGGUCGACCCCUGGUUACAGCACCAGGCCCAGGGAAAGGACCACCGUCAGCUCCAAGCCCAGACGCAGCCUCUGACCCACAGGCACAGCACCUCCUGUACCCUCAUCCCCUCAAAGACAGAAGCUGUGAAAACCAACUAUGGGGAGGAGUCAGAUGCUGCAACGGACCACUAUUGGGAGGAGUCAGAAGCUGUGAAAACCAACUAUGGGGAGGAGUCAGAAGCUAGUGCGUACAAGGCAGGAAGGACAGACGAGUCGUUUCUCAUUCAGAAACCUGCCAUCCGAGCCAAAUUAGAGGCACGAGCAGAUUCGCUUCAGGGGACCAACCCUGGGCAGCCUUCCGCUCUGAUGUUCAGAGAUGGAAAGAAGCGUAUCGAUUACAUCCUGGUCUAUAGGAAGUCCAGUCCUCUGGUGGAAAAGAGAGUCACCUUUGGGAGGAACCUGAGAGCUGAGGGGCUGAUGCUGGAGAAAGUGCCGUCUCUGACCAACACGGACAUCAUGUUUGUGAAGAUCCACGUUCCCUGGGACACACUCUGUAAAUACGCUGAGCAGAUGAAUAUCAGGAUGCCAUUCAGGAAAAAAAUGUACUUUACGGAUUGGAAGAGCAAAGUUAUGGGCAGCCGGUUUCAUCUGAGGUGUCGUCAGAUAAAGAGUUGGUUACCCAGCAACCCCAUGAAGCUGGACAAAGAGGCCCUACCUGACCUAGAGGAGACAGACUGCUAUACAGCCCCCUUCAGCAGGGCACGCAUGCACCAUUUUACCAUCAACAACAGACAGAUGUUCUUCUCCAACUCCACCAGAAGCAGAAUAGUCCACCAUGUUCUCCAACGCACCAAGUAUGAGGACGGGAAGUCUAAGAUGGGUAUCAACAGGUUAUUGGGCAAUGGGACAUAUGAGGCGGCAUUUCCUCCACACGAGGGUGGCUAUAGGAGCCAACACCCUAUUAAUACCCACGGUGCCCAGAACCACAGACACCUGCUGUACGAGAGGUGGGCUCGCUGGGGCAUGUGGUACAAGUACCAACCCCUCGACCUUAUCAGGCGUUACUUUGGGGAGAAGAUUGGACUGUACUUUGCCUGGUUGGGCUGGUACACUGGCAUGCUGAUCCCUGCAGCCCUGGUGGGUCUCUUCGUCUUCCUCUACGGACUCCUUACUAUGGACACUAGUCAAGUCAGUAAAGAGAUCUGUGAGGCCAACACAACAAUCAUGUGUCCCAUGUGUGAGCAGAACUGCAAACCCUGGAAACUCAGUGACAGCUGUGCCUAUGCUAAGGUGACCCAUCUCUUUGACAAUGGAGGAACUGUGUUCUUUGCUAUCUUCAUGGCUAUAUGGGCCACGGUGUUCCUGGAGUUCUGGAAGAGGAGGAGGGCGGAGCUGACGUAUGACUGGGACCUCAUCGACUGGGAGGAGGAAGAGGAGAAUCUGCGGCCCCAGUUCGAAGCCAAGUACUCCAGGUCAGAGAGAGUAAACCAUAUCUCUGGCAAGCCGGAGCCCUUCCAGCCCUUCACUGACAAACUCAGCAGACUCAUGAUCUCUGUGUCUGGCAUCUUCUUCAUGAUUUCUCUGGUCCUGACAGCGGUGUUUGCGGUGGUGGUGUUCCGACUGAUUGCCAUGGAGAAGUUUGCAUCGAUCGACUGGGAGUUUGUCAAGAAGAACUGGCAGUUUGCCACCUCUGGAACGGGAGUCUGUGUCAACUUCAUGAUCAUCAUGUCUCUGAAUGUGAGUGGCAACAUGGGGUCCUCAAAACAACUCUCAAAUGACCUGAAAACAAAAACAAAGAUUGUUCAACAUUAUGGUUUAGAGGAAGGCUACAAAAAGCUAUCGCAGAGAUUUAAGCUGUCAGUGUCCACUGUGAGGAACAUAGUGAGGAAAUGGAAGACCACAGGCACAGUUCUUGUUAAGGCCAGAAGUGGCAGUCCAAGAAGCCAGCCGCACCAAUGUAUCGGAGGAAGCACCAUACACCUGGCGACCGUGUCAGCGUGCACUGCGCCGGCCCAGCCCCAGGAGUCACUGGAGCGUGAUGGGACAAGGCCAACCCGACCAGCCAAUCCCUCCUCUGAUCCGGACGACACUGGGCCAAUUGUGCUCCGCCUCAUAGGUCUCCCGGUCACGUCCGGCUGCAACAGCCUGGGAUCAAACCAGGAUCUGUAG